AUGGUCUCUAAAAGUGGAGAAACUGCAAUAAAAUGCAUUCUUGAAUAAAAAGUAUUACAAACAGUCUUUAGAGUUAAAAAUUUAGAUAAUUUGAGAGGUAUUUUAGACCUUUUAUGUAGUCUUUUCUCAUUAUUAUUAUAUGAAGAUGAAAUGGAAAACAUUUCUAUUGAAGCCUAAAUUAAGUAGUUUUUUAAAUUUUGUGUUAAAGGAAAUUCUUUGGAAGAAAAAAGAGUUGAAUUAGAUUUUUUCUUAAAAAAAUUUUAUUAUUAGUAAUAAUAAUAAGAUGAUAAUUAAAUAAUUUAUUUAGAUGAUAAUAUUGAUGAUUAUGAAUAAGUUGUAGGAGAUUAAUAAGGUGAUAUUGAAGAAGAAGAGGAUGAUGAAGAAGAAGAUGAUGAUUAAUAAUAAUUAUAAAGAAGAGAUGAUGAAGAAGACGAGGAUGAGGAAUAAAAUUAAGUUGACGAUGAAGAUGAAGAAAAUCAAAUAAUUUAUGGAGAUAGUUUAGGAGAUAAUAAUUAAUAGUUUAAUAAUAUGGAAGAAGUUGAAGAAUAAGAUGAUGAAGAAGAUAUUUAAGUAUAAAAUGUUUAAAGAAUGGAAAGUGAUUCUUAUAUUAUAAAUUAAUAGGAAGAAAAUAGUUUAAGGGAAGAAAAUAUGGAAGAAGAAGAAGAGGAAGAACAAAAAGAAUAAGAAGGAAAUAUUAAUAAUUAUGUUGUUUUAGGAAGAAGAAAAUCCUUUAAAUAGUAACAUUCUUUAAAGUAUUGA